GGCCACGCCCCUUUCUCCCAAGGUGCCGCGGGGCUCCCGCAGCCGCGGGGCAUUGUGGGGCUGCGAGAUGGCGGCUCUCGGCGCGGGGCGGGCGGCGGUCAGGGGUCUCCUGCGUGCGCAGGGCGUCGGCGCGUGGAGGGGCCUGGGGGCCUCCGCUGCCCUCCAGCAGAUCCCGCGGGCCAAGUCAGAGAAUGCGAAGUCUGAGGGCACAUUCCAGGUCACCAUGCUGCCCGGAGAUGGGGUGGGCCCAGAGCUCAUGCACGCAGUCAAGGAAGUGUUCAAGGCUGCCAGUGUGCCUGUGGUAUUUGAUGAGCAUCACCUGAGUGAGGUGCAGAACAUGGCAUCAGAGGAAAAACUGGAUGAGGUGGUUGAUUCUAUGAAGGAAAGUAAAGUGGCCCUUAUAGGGAAGAUCCACACUCCCAUGGAAUACAAAGGAGAGCUGGCUUCUUACGACAUGAGACUCAGGCGCAAAUUAGACUUGUUUGCCAAUGUUGUCCAUGUGAAGAGCUUACCAGGUUACAAAACACGGCACAACAACUUGGACCUCGUGAUCAUUCGUGAGCAGACAGAGGGGGAAUACAGCUCUCUGGAACACGAGAGCGCAAAGGGAGUCAUCGAGUGCCUGAAGAUCAUCACCCGCGCCAAGUCUCAGCGCAUUGCCAAGUUUGCCUUUGACUAUGCCACCAAAAAAGGGCGCUCCAAAGUCACAGCUGUGCACAAAGCCAACAUUAUGAAAUUAGGUGAUGGGCUGUUCCUGCAGUGCUGUGAAGAGGUGGCAGAACUAUAUCCCAAGAUCAAAUUUGACACCAUGAUAAUUGACAACUGCUGCAUGCAGCUCGUGCAGAACCCCUACCAGUUCGAUGUCCUAGUCAUGCCGAACCUCUAUGGGAACAUCAUUGAUAACCUGGCGGCUGGCUUGGUGGGCGGUGCCGGCGUGGUUCCUGGCGAGAGCUACAGCGCAGAGUACGCCGUGUUCGAGAUGGGUGCCCGCCACCCGUUUGCCCAGGCCGUGGGCAGGAACAUUGCUAAUCCCACCGCCAUGCUGCUCUCAGCAGCCAACAUGCUGCGACAUCUCAACUUAGAAUUUCACUCCAAUUUGAUUGCGGAUGCAGUGAAGAAGGUGAUCAAAGUUGGAAAAGUUCGGACACGGGACUUGGGCGGUUACUGCACCACUUCUGACUUCGUGAAGUCUGUGAUUGACAACCUGCACCCCCACUAUGGUGUCUAGGAACCCCGCUCGCCCGUGGGGAGUUCUGGGACUUCACUGCACCCUGCAGCACCUUUCUGUAGCUUAAAACCUAACACAGCUUCCUUCCCCCCUCCGCUUGCUGGCAUAGCUCUUUGGGCUGCUGGGAUCCCCUGGUGCCUCCAGAGAGGCUCUUCCCUGGCCCAGAGAUCCCAGUAACCUUCCAGAGCUGUUGCCAGUGUGAAUUGCCAGAGGGACAGAGACCAGGUCUCCCUUUGGAGUUGGUGUGAGGAUGCCGUGGUGAACCUCUGGUUUGGUUAGGUGGUGUCUCCACUUUGCCCUCCGUGAGAUGGCUGUAGUGCUGGUCUCAGGACGCGAGCGCGCUGCGAUGACUCGGAGCGGAACAGGCAGUGCCCAAAGCGGCCCGGGGCAGGCAGCUGGCAGGGGUGCGGAGGCCAGUGCACGGUUACUGAAGGAGCUCUCCCUGCCUGCAGAGGCUCCAGCGGUAGGACCACAGGGCUGAGGACUUGCUUCCAGGAGUACUUGCUCAGAAGGAGAGCCCGCUUUCUGGGAGCAGGCACAAUUCCACAUAGCACAAGGAGGCUUUAAAAGCUCCUGCCCUCUGGGAGCUGGGGCAGGACAGGAGUUGCUCUGUUCCCCUCCGUAUUGUGUUUGCUACUGCUCUGAAAGCCACCGAACGAGGCAGGGAGGAGCGGAGCUCUGAGCUGAGCCGCCUGUGUCGUGGGGUGGGGAAGUGCAGUCCCUGCCCCAGCCCCAGCAGGCGCCCUGGCACAGCAAGCUGCUCGCUGCAGCUUUGGGGGCCAGUCUUAUGGGGUAGCGCAGAUCCGGGGGCGGAGGGCGGACCUGGCUCUGUGUGUGACCGGGGCUGAGCAGGUGCUGUGCUCCCUGGGGCCAGAAAUGCCUGACCCCAGGGCAGGCAGGGCCUGGGGCUGCAGCGGGACUGCCGGAGCCUCUGCUCCCCUCGCCGCAGCACAGCUUGCUCCUUGCCCGCUGCUGCAGCCGGGGGAGCCUGUGGCGCUGCCGGCGUGCCGGGGACCUGGGGGGCAGCACAUGGGGCUGGGUUAUAAACGUGCUGCUGGGACCACUAGCAGCUCUGCGUGUGCGGGGCUGUGGGCGCCUGCCCUGCUGCUGCAGGGUGCUGUGAGGGACGGUAACGGAACCAUAUUUAUUACAGUUCUUUGUAUUCGUGUUUGCAAAUAAAGGGUCCAACAUCCCCCCCCCCCA